AUGCUUAAUUUCUUCUCUGCUGGAACGGCUCGUGAGUUUGACUUAAAACUGCGAGCAUUUUCGGCACCAUUCGCACAAGCGGCAGAUACCGAGAAGGUUAACGAAAUCAAUCAUGGAGGCAAAAUCUUAUUACCUCCUUCUUCGUUAGACCUUCUUGUACGAUUGAAUAUCGAAUACCCGAUGAUGUUCAAAAUUUCCAAUCCUGAAGAUCCUUCUCGAGUGACUCAUUGCGGAGUGCUCGAGUUUCUCGCCGAAGAAGGUCGUUGCUAUCUGCCAUCUUGGAUAAUGAGGCAACUUUGCCUUAAUGAAGGGGAUGUGGUUCGUACUGUUUACGUCAACUUACCCAAAGCAACGUACGCAAAGUUUAAGCCCCAGUCGACAGACUUCUUAAGUAUUUCUAACCCGCGUGCGGUAUUAGAAGUGGAGCUAAGAAAAUUUGCUUGUUUAACGAAAAAUGAUAUUAUUGCAGUCGAGUAUAACGAGCAGAUUUUGGAAUUUUUGGUUAUGGAGGUAGAACCAGGUAACGCCGUUUCAAUCAUAGAAUGCGACAUGAAUGUUGAAUUUGAUGCUCCAGAGGGAUACGUUGAGCCUUCUACUACUAAUGCACAUAUUCCUUUCGUUAAACCUUCUACUCCCCCACCAUCUGCUAGGAUGCCGCAAGGUACAGCGGCUGGGGACAAGACAUUUCAAGCCUUUUCGGGCAGCGGAUUUAGACUUGAUGGUAAAGGUAAAGGGUCGAAUGCUUCUCUUGCAAGUACUGUGAGUUCAGAAAAAAAUAUUUUUCCCAUUGUUGUGGACACUGAGUAUGUUCCUGGCAAACUAACUUUCGUUAGGUGA